AUGUCCAACGCUCUCCCCCUUCCCUCAGGCCCUCAUCCAACCCAUGUACAUCACACACCAUAUGCCGACCCCGUCGUGCGCCCACCUUCCCCUGCCUCAUCCGUGGGCACAACCUAUCCCGCCGACCAGACCUCCUUCUCGGACUCUGAAGCACAGAUCUCUCAACCCGCCUUUGAACGCAAGCAUAUGAUGGAGAUUGAGCUCCACCUACCGCGGAAGGAGGAGAUGCGUGCAGAUAAAGAUCCAUUGGUCGAUUUGAACGCGUUGUUGCCCAUGUCAAUGGGCGGGGGCGCAGUAGGAGGACGACCAGUGAGGCUUGGGGAGAGAAAGUUGGAUCCUUCUGAAGAGAGAGUCCUCGUCGACAAAAUCCUCUCAUCACUACGCUCCGAAAUCGCCAAGUUGGAAGAAGACUCACAAUUCGAAGAGAUCCUCCGGCGCGGGUCCAAAGCCGCGCUAGAAGAGCAACCGUCAACCAACAAUGUGGAUUUGCUCAUGCGGAGUAUGAUGGCGAUGGGGCCAAGUUUUGGUCUGACGACAGGGAUCAGUGACAGCAGCCUAGGAUUGGGGCAAACACAAGCACAAAGAGUGGCCCCAGUGAUGACUGAUGGCCCCUGGAACAACUUUGGCGGGACUCUUGCGACCCCCGCGCCUGAUAGCUUCCUUAGCGGCACGACAGCAGGAAAGCGGAGCAGAAAUGGCACCAGUCGAAAACUAUGA